AGGGAGAAAAGCGCAUCCGGCGGCUGGAGCGAUGUGGCGCUCACGUCGUCUUUAAAAAGAGAGGGAGGGAAGGCAGGCAUCAUCGUCCAAAUAGAAGGCACACAUAGCGGCGAGAGAGAUGGCGCGAUAAGGACUAGCUAGCUGCUUCACCUCCGCGGACCUCCUCCAUCAGCCCCGGCGACUGGGUUACAUGACAGAAGGCAGCUUGUAGAGCACACACACACCAUCACCGCAGCGCCAUUGACUCUUUUCAGCUCCUUUUUAAGCAAGCUUUUACUCUCCCGCUCGGUGAGUACAUUUGUGCUUUUUUUUUUUUCUUCUUUUUUGUCAGCGUCCUUUUUUUUUUUUUUAAUUUCCUCCCCUCCAUUUUUUUUAAUUUUUUUUCUUUUGCUGAUGUUUAAUUAAAGCAUUGACGUGGUGGGUUUUUUUUCUUUUUUUGUUUUUUCUUUUUUUGUUUUUUUUUUUUUUCAAGUUUCCAGCAUGUACUUGUCCUGAUGGCUGUGCUCGUGCACGCGUCACUUGCACUUUGCUUUCCAGGGCUGAGAGCCUGCAGCGGUUCUCAGUCGUUGUUGAGAAUUUUUUUUUUUUUUUUUUUUAUAACCAAAAUAUUUCUCAUUUUUAUCUUUUGUUUUUUUUUUUUUUUUUUUUGGUAAUAUUUCUUUGUUGAUUUGGUUUGCAUUUUGCGGUGUGGUUUGUUGCCUCCCACUUUUGUCAUUUUAAACAAUCUUCUCGCUGGAGUCCAGCCAUGCUUUGACUUCUUUGGAGUCCUUUUUGGGGACGUUGGGACUUUUCUUGCAGCCGAGCUUUACAGGAGUGCUCCAGGUGGAGGAUGACUGGUAAAACCCAGACCAGCAACGUGACCAACAAGAAUGACCCGCGCUCUCUCAACUCCAGAGUCUUCAUCGGCAACCUCAACACGGCCAUCGUCAAGAAGACCGACAUCGAGGUCAUCUUCGCCAAGUACGGCAAGAUCGUGGGUUGCUCCGUGCACAAGGGAUACGCCUUCGUGCAGUACCUGAACGAGAGGAACGCCCGGGCGGCCGUGGCGGGCGAGAACGCUCGCGUCAUCGCCGGACAGCCUCUCGACAUAAACAUGGCGGGUGAACCCAAACCGUACAGGCCCAAAAGCGUCUCCAAGAGGCCUCUCUCAGCGGUCUACAGUGGUUACGAGUUCGACUACGAGUACUACAGAGAUGACUUCUACAGCAGGCUUUUUGACUACCACGGCCGAGUGGCACCCCCUCCAAGAGCCGUGAUCCCCCUGAAGCGAUCCAGGGUGCUGGCUCCUUCCUCCCGCCGAGGGAAGACCUCCUUCCCUAUCAAAACAUCCUCUUCUUCCUCGUCGUCGUCCUCCAGACCUCCCACGUCCUCCUCCUCUUCAGCCGGCAUCAAACCAGUGAAGACGGACCAGCUGCAGAUCAUCAAACGGGAGCUGACGCAGAUCAAGACCAAGAUCGACUCCCUGCUGGGACGUUUGGAGAAGAUUGAGAAGCAGCAGCGAGUCGAGUCCGAAGUUCAGAGGAAGUACGAGGAUAACUGUGACUCGCUGCAUGAUGAGUCCGUGUCAGAGGCGGCAGAGAACUCCGGGGAGGAGGCCGGCGAGGGCGCGCUGGACGUGGAGGCCGGCGAGAUGAGCGACGGCGCUGAGGACGACUACGAGGAGGAGGAUGAGGAGGGUGGCAGCCAGCAUCUGACAGAGAACCACAUUUCGGAUAUUGACAACUGAGAUGAGGAAACCGUCCCGAAGUCGUCAUUCCCUUCAUGAGGCAGGAACAGAGAGGAUCAGCAAGGUAUCCUGAUUUACGGACUUGAAGAGACGCCGACGACAAGUGUGACGUAUGUAAAAAAGAAAAAUGAAAAAAAACCCAGUUUAUUUUUUUUUUAAACUUGCUGUGCUGUUAUUGUGUCCAACGAGGAUACUUGGGAUAUUUUACGUGGUUUUGUGUAUGCGGAACACCGGGCACAAUAUUAUUUAUUCACAUUUUGUGUGUUUACAACUUCUCAACAUUCGCUAAAAAGCUGCAAUUCAACAACUUGGCCACUAGGUGGAGCAUCUAUGCCCUAAAACAGGGGUGUCCAAACUUUUUCCACAGAGAGCUGCAUACUGAAAAAUGAAUUUUCAGCUUUUUAAAUUUACAAAUAUUUCAUUUUUUUCAUCUGAAUAUCAAGACUUUAUUCACAUAUUUUGACUUUCUCAUAAUAUUAUAACUUUUUCCCAAUCCAAUUUUCCCAAAAAUAAUGAUUGUCAUUGUAUUAACUUAAAAUAAUAUAUAUAUUGUUUUAAAUAUUUGAACUUUAUUGUUUUUUUGAGAGCCACAUAUUGUUUUAAAUAUUUGAACUUUAUUAAAAUUUUCUCAUAAGAUUUUUUUUGAGAGCAACAGGCUACCAAAAUACUGUUCUUUUUUCUAUUUUUGCCAUUUUUUUUCUUUUAAUGUGCUGCGGACCACAAAAGGCUCCCGGGCCGCACUUUGGACACCCCUACCCUAAUAGUACUUUGAUCCAUUUGUGUGCGUUGUGGUCAUGUACAACCUUAUAAGCUUAUUUUCCUUUGCGAUAACACUUCUAUUUAAAGCUGCAUUUGCGCUGUUGAAUUCCAUGUGAUGAUCUAAUUCCCGAUUUAAAUCAGACGCUAAUAGUUAGCUAAUAGCUGUAUCUCACUUGCUAACUAGAGUAUUAUUUAUAGUCAUCAACAUACUGCACACCUGCCAGCUAAUAAUGAAACAGAGAAUAAGUAUUCAACUGAUUAAUGGGUGUACCGGCCCUUUAAAUCCAAUAUAAGCACGAUGUGUCAUAAUGGAUUCAUGAGCAAUCACUUAUUUACUUCAAAUAUUGUGGGGAAAAAAAUGAUAUUAAUUGCAUUUGAAGUGGAAGAGUGGUCAUUUUUAUUCCGUUUUUAGCUCAACGUCCUCUCCCUGUGUAAGUAGUGGUUACCAUGGAAACAGCAGCUAGACUCGACCUUCAAUCAACGGCAGUAUACGACAGCGUGUGUGCGUGUGUGCGACUUCGGGCCUUGUUAAGAGACGCGAAAAACUGUUGUAUAGAGAAGACGAAAAAAAUCAAAGCAAAUGUACAUUUUUUUGUAUAAAUAUUUUUAUCAAAAGGCAUGUUUAAUGUAACUUUGUAUUUUCAGUUGAUGUAUAAAAACAAAAGAAGAAGAAAGUUGUGGUAUAUCACCACCGCUGUAAGGACAUUAUUAGACAGUUCAUUCAGCCAUUGUGUAUAUAACAAUUUGUGUUCCGAUGAUUCAAUAAAGUUUGUGUCACGUUUAAUUAAACCAAUGUUGUAAUAGGUUCCCUUUACAAAAAAAAGUGUUAGCAUUGGGGAUGUAUCACGAUAUAAAACGGUAUAAAAAGCUACAAACCUUAAGCAAUAUAAUGAAAUACACUCAAAUUGUACAGCAUGUGUAUUUAUUGGUAACAAUCUGGCAAACUUUUCUAAUUGGAUGUCAUUCUCCGAACACGUUGCUACUAAAUAUUCAACAAACUGUAAUGUAAAGGAAGAUGUAGUCACCCAUGCAAUUCCGACACUCUUGUUUACACAGUUAGAUGCUUUUAUUUUGAAGGCCGGUAGUAAAUCUUAUACUAUGAGUUGGGUUACAAGAACAAACGUGCUUCCCGUCUUCACUCAGAAUAUGCAUGCCGUCAUCCCACCUUGUGAGAAACAUUGAAGAUACCACACAAGCAUGCUAAACCAAGCUAACCCCCGCUAGCUUCCAUUCAACCUUGGCCGGUGUUUAUCAGUUUUAGGGGGUAAAACUGAUGUAAAUGAGUCAAUGUUUUUGUCAUUUAAAGCGAAGGAAGAAUGUUCCUCUCUCUGGCUCCCAAGUUCCCUCGACACCCCAGCUCGGUGGUGGGUACAUCGGAGGCCGGCCAUUUUGUCAUGCAAGGCUGUCCUUUAAUAGACACGCAGAUCAAUAUUCCAUUGGGUCUUGGAAUGAGGCUGGGAUGGAGGACGGCGGCAAAUUCAUUUUAUUCUCCUCUGAGUCAGAUAGGGCAUGAUAGAACGUAGAGGAGAAGAUGAGUUGUACAGUAUUAGAAAUGCAUAGUGUGAUGUCAUUUUGUCUUUAGAUAUACAGUAAUUUGUGGUUUAUUGGUUCUAGAGCCAGUCAUGAUGAGUGAAUUUCUGCAAAGUAGGAUUCUUUAUUCAUAAAUUGAAUGUUUUCAAGCAUAGAAAAUGUGCUUACCACCUUUUAAAAUAUUGAUUUUAACAUUAUUUGAGCCCUCUAAUCAAUAUUACGCUCAUAUUACCCAAUAUAGUACACAUAAUAACACAAUGUAAAAUAUUUGCGGGGGUGCUGGAGCCUAUCCCAGCUGUCUUCGGGCAAGAGGCGGGGUACACCCUGGA